UUUAAGAGAGUCAUACACUUUAAGAAUUUCGUACAAUUAAAGAGAGACGUACAAUUAGAACCACACCCGUUCAGAACCUCCAAUCUUUUCGAAUUCAAUCCCCCACUAUGGUUAUACUGAAGACUGGUAUAUAAAGUAAGCAUGUCACAGAUUGAGAAAAAAUUCGUGUUGGAUUUUGGAAAGGGGAAGAUAUUAAAUUAAAUUUGAAUCAUAAAUUAAUAUCAAAUUAAUCCUUCUCAACAUAAUUUAAAAAUUAUUUUUAGUCGUUCCACCAAGAUUUAAACAAAAUGCUCGAAUUAAUCAAGUUUAUUUGAAAUUUUAAAAAUUAUAAACAAUUUUUAAAUUUUGUGUAGUUUGCCUAUCUUGGGGACAGUAUUAAAUUUAAGUGCAAUGCUGUUGGGAGACCUCAACCUAAAGUGCAUUGGUAUAGAAAUGGAAAAUAUAUGAAUUAUAGUUAUUUGGCCUCCCAUUCACGUUUGAAAGAAAAAGGAAUGUCUUUGGAAGUUCAUAGAAUAGAAGUUAGCGAUAGAGGUAAUUGGACAUGUCGAGUAUGGAAUAAAGAAGGAUCUGUUAAUUUUUGUGAUUAUUUCCUAAACGUCGGAAUCCACCCCAGCCGAGUCCCAGAAGAAUGUCUCUGUCAAUGGGUUGUUCAACACAAAGAAUCUUCAAACAAAGCAGCAGAGGACCCUUUAUUCCAUUUAAGGGCUUUACCCCAAUUAAGGGCGGAUAUUGAUUUGAGUGGAUUUUUAACUAAUUUUACAAAAUGCCAAAAAUAUUAUAAUGAAGGGAAAAUUGAAGAAAUUGUAAAAUUGAGAACACAACCAAGAAUUUUAAAUAAACAACAAAAGGAAAAUAAUCAACAAAAUAGUAAAAAUGAUUUUAGCCUUAAAAGCACAACCACCACAACUAGCACAACCAACCCAAUAACAACUUUUAGUGCCGUGUUGUCCACAACUACCAUUCCAAGCACAAAACAACAAAAAUUUCGUCCCUCGCUUAAAAAUUUGUCGGCAAAAAUUGAAUUAUCUAAACAAUUGUUGAAAGGAAUGAAGGAAGAAAAUUUUCAAAAAACGGAAGAAAAAGUAGUGGAAGAGGAGGAGGAUGAAGAAGAAUCGGAAGAAGAUGAAGAGGAGGAGGAGGAAGAGAAUGAGAGGAAGGAAAGUACAACAAAGGGAUGGACGGAUAAAAAAAGUAAAUUGAGUGCCUCUUUGGUUAACAAACAACGUUUUCAGCUACCUCAGAGAGUUGCUCCAUACUUCCGCAAGUCUGAAGAAGAUACCCGAACAAAUAUAGUAAUUCCAGCAGGAAGAACACUGAAACUUUCAUGUAAAGCAGGAGGUCAACCAGAACCUCAAGUAGUGUGGAGAAAAGGAAAUGAAGAAAUACUUAGAGAAUCGGAAAGCAAAACAGGUUCAUUGUAUCAAUUGCGAAAGUGGAGUUUAGAUGGGGAAUAUACUUGUGAGGUUUUCAAUUCUGCUGGGUCUAUUCUGCGUCGAUUUCAUGUUGAAGUUCAAGAUAGAAUACGUGCUCGACCUAUUCUUGUACCCAAUGUUCUUCAAAAUAGAACAGUUGAUGUUAACGGAACAGUUAAUUUUACAUGUCAGGUCAUUUCUGAUUUGGUCCCUCACGUUAUUUGGAUUAAAUUAAUUAAACAACCAGAAAAUGGCUCUUUUUUAAUUUGGGAUGAAAAAGAACAACGAGAAACUUUAAAUUUUGUUGAUAUGACAACAUUAAAAAAUAGAGUAAAAAUAUUUCACGACAAAAGAAGUAAUAGAUACACUAUGGAAUUGAGGAAUGUUUCUAUGUCAGAUCAAGGGUUGUAUUCUUGUGUGGUUGGAAAUACUCUUGGAUUGUCAAUGGGCAAUGCAACAUUAACAGUCAAUGAAUUUCGUUCUUUAACAUUACCAACAGAAGUUCCAACACCUUGGCCUUUAUCUUAUACAGUUUUAUUAAUUCUUUCAUUUUUAUUGUUAUGUGCAUUUAUUGCUUUAUGUUUAUUAUAUUUAUUUUUCUCGCAAAAAUUUUCUGUAAAAAAUAGAGUGCAAAAUUUGGAUAAAAUGUCUGUACGGAAAAAGGUAGUAAUAACUCGAAAACCUCAACGUGAAGGAGAGCAUUGGUCUGAUCUGGCAUCAACUUAUUCCAUUACUGUAGAACCUGUUCCGGUACUUAGACAACAUGGAGGACGGGGGACUAAAGCUACUCCUGCAGGAACAAGCGGGACAGGGGAUACAGUUCCCUUAAUGGAUUCUACACAACAAUUAUUACAAGGGAAUAUAUUAGAAUCUUCUCUUUUGUCUGAUUAUGAAGUUCCAACAGAUUCGACUUGGGAAAUUGAAAGAAAUAGAUUACAAUAUGUUGAUAUUUUGGGGGAAGGUGCCUUUGGGGAAGUUUGGCAAGCUUUGUUACAACCAAAGAAGAGUAAUGAAGAUAAGGAAGAGAAGGAAAAUAAACAAGAAUUAAACAAAGAAAUGAAUCAAACAGAGCCGGUCUCAGAAAUGCAAAUACUCAAAACUAUCGGUCACCAUCCAAACAUUCUUCGACUUAUUGGGUGUUGUACGGGUUUAGGCCCUCUACUAGUAAUUCUAGAACUUUGCGAACAUGGAAAUUUGAGGGAUUUUAUGCGAAGACACAGACCUAAAGAACAACAAAAAUUAAAAGAGGAGGAGGAAGAGAAGGAAGAGAAGGAAGAAAAAGUGGAGGAAGAAGUGAUGGAAUUGGAGGAUGAUGGACUUGGGGUUGGGGGAAUGUAUCAGAACGUCUCAAUAGUAGACACUACAGGGGGUGAUCACCAAUCAACACAUUUACAACAACCAGAAAAGCAAUUAACAUUAAAAGAUUUGGUUCAGUUUGCAACAGAAAUAGCUAGAGGGAUGGAGUUUUUAGCGAGUAAAAAAAUAAUCCACAGGGAUUUGGCUGCCAGAAAUGUUUUGGUUGCUAGUGAUUUGACAAUGAAAAUAUCAGAUUUUGGAUUGUCUAGAAAUGUGUUUUAUCACGAUUAUUAUAGAAAGAGGGGGGCUGGUAGAUUACCGAUAAAAUGGAUGGCACCCGAAGCUCUCGAAGCCAAUGUUUACACAGUAAAUAGCGAUGUUUGGUCUUAUGGUAUUUUGCUUUGGGAGAUUAUGACACUUGGAGGAACUCCAUACCCUUCUAUUGCAAUGCCCCAACUUUACAAUCUUUUAAAAGAGGGAUAUAGAAUGGAAGCACCUCAUAACUGCCCUGAUGAGAUUUAUGGUGUAAUGGUCAGUUGUUGGCAAGAAAGGCCUGAAGCCCGUCCAGCAUUCCAAACUAUUGGAGAUUAUUUUGAAUGGAUAAUAAAAGAGUCUGAAAAGACUGCUGAUAUUUCGAAGUGA